GUUGCAGCAGCCUACAAUCUUAUCAACAGGGACACUGGGGUUCUGGGAGAUGUGUCUGACCCGUACGUGGUGGCGCAAGUUGGAAGUAUGACGCAGCAAACGCCAGUUAUCAACAACGAACUGAACCCCGUUUGGCAGGAAAACAACCAGUUCUCCUUCAACAUUGUGGAUCACAGUGCAGAUCGCUAUCUUGAAUUGAAGGUGAUGAACUCCAACGUUAUGAAGGAUGAUAGCCUGGGUAGCAUCAGAGUUGACACUCGCUCCAUCGAUCCGGGUCAGUG